GUCAUGGGCAUGAUGAGCAGUAAGUAUCCUUUCCUAUGGUGAUGAUGAUGGCAGUGAUAAUGAUAAAAUACCCCUCUCCUUCGCUAUGAGCUUCAGAUCUGAUGGUCCUGGGAACUCACAUAGUUUAAGAGAGUUUCUUUUAGACUUUAGAGAAAAAAUAAAAGAAAAAACAAAACUAAGGGAAAGGAGAGUCGCUCCGGAGGGAAAACACUAGAGACUAGGAAGAGACUCUGAAGAGGUACCGGAGCUUUUAUCUCUCUUAUCAUCAAACUCUUCGUACUUUCAACUCAACUUCACUAAAUUAAUGGGAGAGGAAGAGAAGAAACCAGCAGAGGAGAAGCAAAUGGAAGAAAAAAAGCCUGAAGAUGGAAAGAAAGGAGAGGAAGAGAAGAAAGAGGAAGCAAAACCGGCUGAAAAGCCAACAGAGGAAAAGAAAGAAGAAAAGAAAGGUGAAGAAUCAAAAGAUGAGAAAGAAUCCAAAGAGAAAUCCCCUGCUCCUCCUCAAGAGAUAAUCUUGAAGGUCUACAUGCAUUGCGAAGGUUGCGCCCGCAAAGUCCGUAGGUGUCUCAGGGGCUUUGAAGGGGUGGAUGAUGUAAUGACUGAUUGCAAGAGCAAUAAGGUGGUGGUGAAAGGAGAGAAAGCGGAUCCUUUAAAAGUUCUUGAGAGAGUUCAAAGGAAGAGCCACAGGCAAGUGGAGCUCCUCUCACCGAUCCCAAAACCACCUGCACCAGAGGAGAAGAAAGCGGAGGAGAAAGAGAAGCCCAAGCCCGAAGAGAAGAAAGAAGAGCCUCAGGUGAUCACAGUGGUGCUAAAGGUUCACAUGCAUUGCGAAGCUUGUGCACAGGAAAUCAAGAAACGCAUUCAGAGAAUGAAAGGGGUAGAAUCAGCUGAACCAGAUCUAAAGAGUUCAGAGGUGACGGUGAAGGGAGUGUUUGAUCCUCCAAAACUGGUAGAGUACGUGUACAAGCGAACCGGGAAGCACGCGGUGAUAGUGAAGCAAGAGCCAGAGAACAAGAAAGAAGAAGAAAAAGCCAAAGAUGCCAACAAAGAAGAGAAAAAAGGUAAAGAAGGUGGUGACAAGGAAAAGAAAGAAGGCGGUGGAGAAGAAAACAAAAACAAGAAAGAAGGAGGUGACAGCGCGGAAGCCAAAGCAGGGGCAGCAUUAGCCGCAGAAGGCGGUGCAGAAGAGACCAUGUUCGUGGAACUCAGGAGAAAUGAGUACUAUUCCUACCCACCAAGGUAUGCUACAGAGUUUUAUGCAUACCCUCAGAUCUUCAGCGAUGAGAACCCUAAUGCUUGCUCUGUAAUGUAAAAACUUGGAGGGUUCAGGGGCAUUGUAGGAAUUGGGAAAUACAAAAAUUGGCUUCUGCUCUCUGCAUGUUCCCCCUUUGUACUGUGUAGGCUCCUCCCUAAUGGCUAUAAAAAAAAGGGUAUAAUCUACAGACAAGCUGUAGAAUUUUGCGAGGCUUUGUA